AUGUAAUAAUCAUAAUCGGGUCACACAGCCCCCAUUCAAUCUGCUAGUUAUACGGUGACUCUCCUAAAAAAGUAAUUGAAGUGUAAUUGAUUCUGUAAAUUGUAGAAUUGGAGGAAAGUAAAACAAUUGAAGGAGUUUCUGUUGGGUUAGAGGGAAACAGCUUAUACUCAUGGAAUAUUAGCUUUGCAGGUCCUUCAGACACUUUAUAUGAAGGGGGAUAUUUUUAGGCUUUAAUGAAAUUUCCAGAUGACUAUCCCAAUUCACCGCCAACUUUUAGAUUCUUGACAGAGAUGUGGCAUCCUAAUAGUAUUUUAAAUAUAAUAUACAUUAGUAUAUACUGAUGGGAGAGUUUGCAUCUCAAUCUUACACGCAUAAGACGAAUUUAAUGACUAAGAACCUCCAGAAACAAGGUAUAGUUUGAAAAUUAAUCUUAGAUGGAGACCCAUUCUUACACCUGAAGAUGUUUUAAUUUCUAUUGUUUCAAUGUUGUCUGAGCCAAAUAUCAAUUCGCCAGCAAAUGUAGAUGCGGGAAUUCAGUUCAGAGAUAAGCCUGAUGAAUAUAAGAAAAAAGUGAGAAAAUUAAUAGAUAAGGCAUUAGAAAAUUUGUGACUGCU